AUGGUUUCGGCAUUUGCAUCCCAACAUUUGAUUCUGAUGGCAGUUCUUCAGUUUAUUCUAGCUUUCAUUUUUCUUAUCGGAAGCUCAUUAAGGAUCGUAGCAGGGAACAAUGAGACCGAUCGACUUGCUUUGGUGGAGUUUAAGAAACAAAUAUUUGAUGAUCCGAAUGGAUCACUGAGUUCUUGGAACGAUUCCAUCCCUUUUUGCAACUGGGUAGGGAUUACAUGUGGCCAUCGUCAUCAACAACGGGUUAUCAGCUUGGAUUUACAAGGGAAGGGCUUGGUUGGGAGCAUUUCUCCUUCCAUUGGGAAUCUCACUUUUCUGCAGUUCCUCAUCAUUGGAAACAAUAGCUUCCAUGGCAAAAUCCCCAAAGAGAUCGGCAAUCUGAUUCGAAUAAGAGUCCUAAGUUUUCUAAACAACACUCUCGAUGGAGAACUUCCUACCAGCUUGGCCAACUGCACUCAUCUAAGAAGAAUUCAGUUCUACAACAACAACCUUGUGGGGAAGAUUCCGGUUGAACUAUUUACUUCUUUGUCAAAGCUGGAGGUAAUUUCUAUUGGUGAAAAUGGAUUAACAGGAGAAAUAUCAGCUUCUUUUGGGAACAUUUCCUCCCUCCAAAUUAUCAGUUUGGGUGGAAAUAAACUGCAGGGGAGCAUUCCAGAAUCCUUUGGCCAGUUAACAAACUUAUACUAUCUAUCACUUCAUCAAAACAAGCUAUCUGGUAUGAUCCCUCCCUCGCUAUACAAUCUCUCCUCUCUUGAAACUAUUUCUCUUGGAGAUAACCAACUACAUGGGAGCUUUCCACUAGACAUAGGCCUUGCUCUUCCAAAUCUCAAACAACUAGGAAUUCAUACAAAUCUUUUCUCAGGGAGAAUGCCGAAUUCCAUCUCCAAUAUGUCAACACUCGAAAUAUUUGAUCUUGCUGAGAACAAUUUUAUUGGACCAGUCCCUAAUAACUUAGGAGGUCUUCAAAAUCUUCAAUAUUUCUUUAUUGGUGGAAAUCAAUGUGGAGCAGGGGAAGUUGAUGAUUUAGAUUUUUUAAAUUCUUUGGUCAACUGUACACAUCUAGAGGUUUUGGACCUACAAGGUAAUCUUUUUAAGGGUCUCCUUCCCAACUUUAAAGCCAAUCUCUCAACACAACUCUUGGUACUUUUACUAGGAGGGAAUCAAAUAUCUGGAACCAUACCUGCUGGGAUUGAGAACCUAGUCAACUUAACUUCAUUGGGCAUGGAGCUGAACUUUCUCGAAGGUAAUAUUCCGUCUGGUAUAGGGAAGCUUCUGAACCUUCAAAGAUUGACCUUGAAUGAAAAUAGACUCUCAGGACCGAUACCUUCCACUAUAGGCAAUCUCACUCUUUUGUAUGAACUCCAUUUAGAAUACAACAACUUGAAUGCAAGCAUUCCUUCCAGCAUUGGAAAUUGUCAACAGUUAUCGGUCCUAAUCCUUAAUAAUAAUAGCCUCCAAGGUUUAAUACCUAAAGACCUCUUUCUUAUUUCCUCCUUAUCAAUAUCUCUUGACUUAUCUUAUAAUUCUUUGGUCGGUUCCCUACCAAUUGAGAUUGGUAAUUUGAAGCGCCUUUCUGCAUUAAAUAUCUCCAAUAACAAACUGUCCAGAGAAAUUCCCUCCUCCAUUGGUGGCUGUAAUAGUUUGGAAUACUUUGUUAUGGGGGGUAAUUUGUUUGAAGGAACCAUUCCUCAAUCUUUGACUCUUUUGAAGGGGCUUCAAGAGUUAGAUCUCUCACUUAACAACUUAUCAGGACAAAUCCCAAAAGAUCUAGAGAAACUUUUAGCAUUGAAGAGUUUGAAUUUAUCUUUCAAUAAUCUCGAGGGGGAGGUACCAACAAAAGGAGUCUUUGGAAAUGUAAGUGCAAUUUUAGUGAAUGGAAAUAUUAAGCUUUGUGGGGGAAUUGCAGAGUUACAUUUGCCUGCAUGCAUAAACCAUGGAUCUAGGAAAAGAGAAAAGUCUAAUGUUUUAAGAAUAGUUUUGGUGAUAAUCGGUGUGGUUCUUGGUUUCCUUUUGAUAUCUUCCUUUCUUACUCUUUAUUGGAUAAGAAGAUCAAAAAAUAAACCUCUAUCCAUACCAUCAAUCAAUGAUCGAUUCUUAAGGCUUUCUUACAAAGAGCUCUUCCAAGCUACUGGAGGAUUUUCUUCAACUAAUUUCAUUGGUUCCGGUAAUUUUGGCUCUGUAUACAAAGGGAUUAUCAGCAAAUAUGAAAGCAUUGUUGCAGUCAAGGUACUCAACCUUCAAAAUCCAAGAGUUUACAAGAGUUUUAUGGCUGAAUGCAAAGCAUUAAGAAACAUUCGACAUCGAAAUAUUGUCAAGAUUUUAACUUCUUGUUCAAGUCUUGAUUUAGAAGGCAAAGAUUUUGAUGCCAUUGUUUAUGAGUUCAUGCCCAAUGGGAGUCUAGAUGAUUGGUUGCAUCUGCCGAUGGAGGCACAUAAUCAUUCAAGGAAUUUAAGUCUUCUUCAAAGAUUAUACAUCGCAAUUGAUGUGGCUUCUGCAUUGGAUUACCUUCAUUACCAUUGUUAUGCGGUAAUUGUUCAUUGUGACUUGAAGCCAAGCAAUAUUCUACUUGACAGUGAUAUGACUGCACAUGUCAGUGAUUUUGGUUUGGCAAGGCUACUUUUAGAACCUGAAGACAAUUCAUCCCAAGGUCAAACUAGUACUAUUGGGAUAAAAGGAUCUAUUGGCUAUGCUGCUCCAGAAUAUGGCAUGGGUGGAAGUGCAACUAUACAAGGAGACAUGUUUAGCUAUGGGAUCCUUUUAUUGGAGAUGUUCACAGGAAAAAGGCCUACAGAUCAGAUGUUUAUUGAUGACUUAAAUCUCCAUAACUUUGCAAAGGCAGCUUUACCUGGACACAUGAUGCAAAUUUUAGAUCCAACACUCCUAUCAAAGGAAGAAGAUAGUGCAGAAAUUGAAGAAGAUUCUAUCAACAAAACUGAAGGUCCUAGUCAUAGGACAGAUAAAUUGCAAGAUUGCAUAACGUCAAUAAUUGGAAUUGCACUUCAGUGCUCCAUGGAAUCUCCAAGAGAACGUAUGAACAUGAGCGAUGUUCUGAGGGGACUACACUUAAUCAAGGGAAAAUUUUCUUGAAAUGCUUGAUUAGGA